AAAACAGUUGAGAUCACACUCUUCUUGUACAUUUUAGCAUGUCCAUAAAUGCCACUGAUUCAGAUCCCAAGGGGGAUCAAUCUAAGAAUGAAAAUCAACGAAAGAUUGGUAAUGCCAAUGACCAUGAUUCACCUUACAGUGAAGAGAGCACUCAGCAGCAAACAGAGCAUGGUAAUGCUGCCUUGGAGUUGAUUAACAGUGUCACAGGUGCUGAUGAGGAGGGCAGAUCACGCCAACGAAUUCUAACAUAUGCUGCCAAGAGGUAUGCUAGUGCACUGAAGCGAGAUCCAGAAGACUGUGACGCACUUUACAACUGGGCAUUAGUUCUUCAGGAAAGUGCAGAUAAUGUAAGCCCAGAUUCCACUUCACCUUCAAAAGAGUCUUUGCUUGAAGAGGCGUGUAAGAAGUAUGAGGAAGCUACACAUCUUUGUCCUACGCUCAAUGAUGCUUAUUACAAUUGGGCAAUUGCAAUAUCUGACCGAGCGAAAAUCCGAGGUCGUACAAAAGAAGCUGAAGAACUUUGGAAAGAGGCAACAAAGAACUAUGAAAAAGCUGUCCAGAUCAAUUGGAACAGUCCACAGGCACUGAACAACUGGGGACUUGCUCUUCAGGAAUUGAGUGCAAUUGUCCCUGCCCGAGAGAAGGAAUCAAUUGUAAGAACAGCAAUUAAUAAGUUCCGUGCGGCAAUCCAGCUGCAGUUUGAUUUCCAUAGGGCAACUUACAACCUUGGAACUGUUUUGUAUGGAUUAGCAGAGGACAUGUCAAGAAUAGGGGGUGCUGCUAAUGCUAAAGAAGUUUCUCCUGAUGAGUUGUACAGCCAAUCUGCAAUUUAUAUUGCUGCCGCACAUGCUCUAAAACCCAAUUACUUGGUUUACACAAGUGCCUUGAAACUCGUGCGAUCCAUGCUACCUCUACCCUACCUAAAGGACGGAUAUCUCACUGCACCACCUGCUGGUAAUCCUCUUGCAUCACAUACUGAUUGGAAGCGUUCCCGGUUUGUUUUGAAUCAUGAAGGGCUUUUACAGAUUAUUGAAAUUGAGCAAAGAUACAUGUCAAGAAGCCUCUCAUCAAAUUCAGAAGAUACUAUGAGCCCUAGUCGACAAGCAAUCAAAGUUGAUAUUCCCGACAUUGUCUCUGUAUCAGCAUGUACAGAUCUUACAUUACCACCUGGCGCAUGCCUCUCCAUUGAUACAAUUCAUGGACCACUGUACUUGAUUGCUGAUUCUUGGGAACUUUUCGACUGGUGGCUCGACGCAAUUCGUUUAGUUUACACCAUUUAUGCAAAAGGAAAGAGUGACGUUUUGGCAGGCAUCAUCACUUGAUGACGUUUUUAUAUAUUUAAUUGUAUGAUUAACCUGAAAGGAAGAAGAAUCCUGAUUUAAUUUUUUGUAUAUUUAAUUAUAUGAUCAACCUCAAAGCAAGAAGAAUCCUGAUUUAUGUGCCUCUCAAAUAUGUUGCUGAUGUAUACUUGUAUAUUAUGUGAUUUUUUCUCAUAGAAUGAGGAUAUAAUUGAAGUUCACAGAAUGGAACUACAAUUGAUACUAAGCUUUCAGUGAUGUUUCCACUGUGGAUAAUAUAAGAUGCUUUGUCAAAUCAUUUCGCAGGGGUUACUUUCAAAACUGAUUGAAAGUUUAUUUUAAAGUGAAAUUUUGAUCUGUUGUUCCUUUUUGAGACAGUUGUUUAGUAAAUGACACCUUUUUUACUUUUUUUUUUUUUUUUUUUUUGCAACUUACGAAUCUUUUAGAUCACGAUCUAAAGAUUACUUUUAAAAUGUUGAAUAUCUUAUGAGAAAACGUUAAUUAGACCGAAUAUAACAUUUGGCAAGUUCUGUAAAGUUGAGCAAACAUUAGAUUCGAUUUUAACGUUAUCUGAAAGGGUAAUUCUCAUAGGCACAUUUCCACAACUUUAAAAUAAUGAUGCAAUCCUAAAUGGUGGUCUAAAAAGGGACAUUUGAAAAAGGUAAAUGUGAG